UUUACUGUUAACGACGUUGCUGCGUUACCUACUUCGUGGUGCAUUACUUAUUUGCGCCUAGUCGAUUGCAUCAUAAAAGAACAUUUAAUUAAGUUUACCGUUUUCUUGGAGAUUUACUUGCUUUCAUACUUACUGGUUUAUACUCGCGAACACAUUCUGAUUGAACAUCACGCGGUAUUAUAUCCAGUUUAGUGAGAACACAUCCGAUCGACAUGAUGUACGCUAUCGGCUUGUCACUGAUAAUCGGUGCCUUCGGCCUUUAUUAUUUCUUCUUUAAGGAUCUGUAUCUGUUCAAGAAUUAUAGCAUACCAUAUUUGAAACCUUGGCCACUAGUGGGCAACAUGGGACAGGUGAUCUUCGGUAAGAAAUCGUUAAAUGAAUUCGUGAAAAUAAUGUAUGACAAGUAUCCUGGAGCCAAGUAUAUCGGUAUAUACGACAUCUUCGAACCAGUGAUAAUGCUACGUGACAUUGAACUCAUUAAGUCCAUCGCAAUCAAGCACUUUGACAUAUUCUCGGAUCAUCGUAACUUCAUCCAAUAUGAUCAGGAUCCGCUCGCAUCCCAGAAUUUGUUCCUUCUACGUGGCGAUAAGUGGCGAAAUAUACGAUCAAUACUGUCUCCGUCUUUCACAUCUAGCAAGAUGAAAACUAUGUUCAACUUAAUAUCUGACUACGCUGAAGAUUUCACCAAUUUCGUGGUGCAACUGCCACCAGAAAAGAGGGUGAUGGAGGCCAAGGACGUCUUUAAGCGCUAUACCACCGACAUAAUCGCCACUUGCGCGUAUGGCAUCAGUAUUAACUCUAUGCGAAAUCCAAACAAUCUUUUCUACAUAUUCGCAAAUGAUAAAACUUUUUUGAAGACGUUAAACGUCCUGCAUUUGACUAUAAAUAGAUGCUUUCCGUGGCUAGGGCGGAUACUCAAAUUCAAGUUCGUUAACGAGAAGAUGGGAAAAUUUUUUCAGAACAUCGUUGAAAUCUCUAUCAGAACCAGGAUCGAAAACAAUAUAGUUCGGCCAGAUAUGCUGCAUCUAAUGAUGGAGAGCAGAGACCGAGAAAAUAAUAGCUUAAAUUUAACAAUGGAGGACAUGGUCAGCCAAGUCUUCGCUUUUUUCCUCGCUGGUUUCGAAACUAGCUCGACAUUAAUGUGUUUCGCCACGCACAAGAUUGCAGAGAAUGAAGACGUACAGAGAAAAUUGCAGAAUGAGAUUGACCACGUACUGGAGAAUACAAACUGCCAAGUAUCGUACGAAGAGAUCAACGACAUGGAAUAUCUGGGUGCUGUGCUGAACGAAGCUCUCAGGAUGUAUCCUGUCGUUAUGGUGAUUGACAGAAUAUGUUUGACGGAGUUUGAGCUGCCGCCGACAUUAACAGGUGCAAAACCCUUCACAAUGAAAAAGGGACAAGGCAUUUUGAUCCCAAUAUAUGGACUUCAUUAUGAUCCCAAAUAUUUUGAAGAGCCGGAUAAAUUCAAUCCCGACCGAUUUAUUGGUGAGCAGAAGAGAUAUAUUGACAAAACGGGAGCUUUUUUGCCGUUUGGUAUAGGUCCCAGAAAGUGUAUUGGUUAUCGAUUUGCUCUGAUGGAGAUAAAGUUGUUAUUGUUCCACCUACUGGCACGGUGUGAUCUUUUGCCUUGCGAAAAGAAUCAGAUUCCGCUGAAGUUUGCUAAGCACAAUAUCUUUCUAGGCACCGAAAGUAAAUUAUGGCUGAAAGUGAAGCCGCGAGAGAACCCACAUCGCACCGUCGUCGUCAACGUCAGUAGUUCGGUGAAUGUUGACAAUAAAUGAGAAACAAUAUUUAUACCCUAGACGUACCCCUAAAAAUUUAUAACGGAAAACAAAAAAAUGAUAAAGUUAAUGGUAACUAAAGAAGUUCAUUUAUAAUCGCUAAUUCUCGAAGUCUCAAAGAAAGGAUAAAGAAGUGGAAAUGAGCCUUUAGAAUGUGGUUUGCUGCAAUAGAUAUUCCCUCAACUGUAUAUUUAGCAUCCCAAACAUUAGCUUUAGAUAUCUUUUAUUCUUUUCGUAAAUUAAAAAAAAAAGGAAUUUGAAAACGUUGAUGUGUCAUCAGAUCAAAUAACCGCUUGACACCGCAAUAGAUUUCAAGAAAAGAAGAAAAAAGGAACAUAAAGGAAUAUCUAUUGCAACAAAUCGCUUUCCAAAAGCGCAUUUGUUAUCGCACUUCUGGUCCUCUCCUGGUCAAAAGUAUUAGAAAAUUGCUUCAACGUCAAGGUAUCAAACUAUUUUAGACAUGGUUCUGUAGAAUUUAUCAAUUUUGCACGUUAUUGCGUUUUCAAAUAACAGAACGAAUAUCAAAGGAAGAUAAAGUGCUAUCUAAUCUGUAAUGAAAUAUAAUGAAGAGAUAAUAUUUGGCACUUACAAAUGUAUUGCUUCUUAAUUAUUUCUUAUUUUCUUAUAUGUAUGCUAAUUACGAACAAAUUUACAUCCGACAUGUUAUUCGUUACAACUUGCACAGCAUAUCUCGCGACAAAAAUAGAUAUUUCUUGUAAAAACACAAUUAUCAUCUAUCAUCUAUAAGAAAGCAGUAAAAAAGACAAGAAGCAUCUGGACUGGAAAGCCGGUGCCACCUUCCCUCACAACUACCAAUUAGAAUUUAUCAUUAUACAUGCAUCCUUUAAUACAAGCUUUAAAAGAAGCUAUGAUCACAUCCCGACCAUUGGGUCAAGUUUGCGAAUUGUCCUGUAUUAAUUGAACACUGACGUUCAUUUACAUCAAACAGAUAUCUUUCCCUGAUACAAAGAAUAUAUUUGCUAUAUUAAAUUAAUAUUAUUAACACGAGUAAUAAUAUAAGAUUCUCGCUUUACCACCGAAAAUAUAGAUAUGACAAAAGUCUGUUGAGUAAUACAUAGAUUCCAACAUACACGGUGUGCAAUAUUUUGUUGAAAUAAAAAAUGCGACACAUACAUAAAGUUUUUAAAUGUUAUUGAGAUUUCGAAUGAAUAAAGGAAUUAUAAACCAAAA